AUGUUGUCUCAAGGGGAAAUAUUAAGAAAUCCAUCUAGAACAAGACUUCAGAAGCCUCCAAAAAAUACAUCAGAAAAUAAAGGAUGGUGGUAUAAGGUUACUAUAUUCCUAACAUGCCUGAUUCCAAAUUUCAUGCUUAGAUGCUUUGGAAUGGCAACUCCCGAAGUACAGCAUGCAUGGAGAGAAAAGGUGGCUUUGUGCAUUUGCAUAUUCUUCUGCUGGGUUGUCUUGGCUUUUAUUACAUAUGGAAUGAACACAAUUAUUUGUAAAGGAAAUACUCAAUAUGUUGCAUCUAGGUUGAAGAGAGAUGGAUUCGACGGAAAUAUUGUCAUAGCAAACGGGGGAAUAUAUUAUACAGAUGAUGAAUAUGCAUUUGGAGAAAACCACACACAUGUAUUUGAAAAGAAUAGUAACGCAUGCAAGCUUGCGUUUGGAAGACAGUUGGUAAGCGGGACUGAGGACAUUGAUGAGCUAGAAAGAAUAAAUGACAUUUAUUGGGACUGGGGGGACAUAAUGAGAAAGGGAAUGAUAGUUGUUGGCAAUAAGGUUUAUGAUCCUUCACACUGUUCUGAAUCUUUAUUUGAAGAAUUUAAUAACAAAUAUGCUGGGACAGAAGGAAAGCCUGAUUUUGACAUAGAUGAGUGGAGAUGUUAUCAGGAUACGUUUUAUGCUGGAAAGGUUGCCACGAAGACUCCUGGAUGUCUUCUUGCCGAUACGGUAUUCUGGAUCACAACUAUUUCUAUCUUUGGGCUAAUUAUCACGAAGUUUUCGCUAGGGUUUUUCUACUCUUGGUAUGCCAAGAGGAUGCCUCGGGCCGGGCCUAAUAUAACGCCUUGUAUAUUGUUAGUUACAUGUUAUAGUGAAGGAAAGGAUGGAAUAAAAAAUACUUUGGAUAGUCUUUGUAAGCAAGACUAUGGAUAUGAUUACAAGAUGAUUGUAGUAAUAUGCGAUGGGGAAAUAAUUGGAUCUGGAAAUGAGAUGAGCACACCAGAUAUAGUUCUGAGUUUGUCUGAUGUCGACAGAAAUGCGGAGCCCAAGAGUUAUAUAUCUCUUACUCAUGGAGCCAAGCGUCACAACCGAGCUAAAGUCUAUGCUGGAUAUUACCAUGUAAAGGAGGAAAUAAAGAGCACACGGCAUAGAUGCUGGCCAUGCUUUGGAAGGCAGGAGGACACCACUGAAGUUAGGAAUUACAAGACAAGGAUCCUUAUAAUCAAUAAAUGUGGGAAUCCUGAAGAGACAUUCAAGGCUGGGAACAGAGGAAAAAGAGACAGCCAGGUGAUUCUGAUGUCAUUUUUUUCGAGGCUGAUUUAUGGAGACAGGAUGACUGAGCUAGAUUUUGAAAUAUACCAGAAGAUGAAGCUUCUAAUGCCGCAUAUGGAUCCUGAGGACUUUGAGUGUAUAUUGAUGGUUGAUGCAGACACAAUUGUGAAGCCUGAUGCUCUUUCUAUCAUGGUAAAUGUUUUUGAAACCGACCAGAAGGUUAUUGGGAUAUGUGGAGAAACGAUGAUCUUGAAUAAGUUUGAGAGUUGGGUCACCAUGAUACAGGUUUUUGAGUACUAUAUCAGCCACCACCUCAACAAGGCAUUUGAGUCAGUAUUUGGUGGUGUUACAUGUCUUCCUGGAUGUUUCUGUAUGUACAGAAUAAAGAUAGUUACAAAUCAGCAGGGACAGCUGCUGUCGGGGCCAUCUAAGUCUCGUAUUGGGGCACAGAGGUUUAAUAAUGUAAAGUCUAUUCUAAGCUCGUCUCUGGAAAAGAGUCUCUGCCUUCCUAUUCUUGCAAAUCCUGCAAUUAUAAAUGCUUAUUCUGUUCUUGAGGCAAAGACUUUACACCAAAAGAAUCUUUUACAUCUGGGAGAAGAUAGGUAUUUAACGACUCUAUUGCUAAAAAACUUUUACAGAAGAAAACUUGUGUUUAUUCCAGCAGCCAAGUGUGAGACAUAUGUUCCCGGGGAAUUUGGAGUUCUUCUCAGCCAAAGAAGAAGAUGGAUCAACUCAACCAUACACAAUUUAUUUGAGCUUGUCCAGGUCAACAACCUAUGCGGGGCCUUUUGUUUUUCCAUGCAACUUGUUGUGGUAAUGGAGUUGUUUGGGACGCUGGUAUUGCCAGCUGCCAUCAUCUUUACAUUUGUUAUGAUUGCGGUGUCAAUACUGAUUGAGCCUGCUUGGGUUCCUUUGAUUAUGCUUGUUGGUAUUUUUGGUUUACCUGCCAUACUGAUACUAAUUACGACAAUGGAAGUCCAAUAUGUAUUCUGGUGCUUGAUCUAUAUAUUGUCCAUCCCUAUCUGGAACCUUGUCCUCCCCACAUAUGCUUUCUGGCAUUUUGAUGACUUCACAUGGGGUGACACCAGAAAGGUUGAUGGGGAAAAAGGAGAGGAUGAGGAUGGUGUGUUUGAUCACACAAAGGUCAAAAUGCGAGAGCUUGGGGAGUUUCUUAAUGAAGCAAAUAAAUGA